AGGUGGUGGACUGGCAAUCUCGGGUGACUGCAGGUAAAUGACCUGUUGGCCUCAUCUAAGAUAGAAAAUGUUUACAUUGCAACUCAUUAAUUCAAUUUUUAACAUUCUUAGGUCAGAUUCCCCUGGGCAUUGUGCAAAGUAUGGCACUUACUCCUUGAUAGAGAGAACAAACAAGAUCAUAGAUCUUCAGCUUGUCCAGAGCUCUGAGGUCCCAAACAGCACCUGGUGUGAGCUUGAGGGUCUGAAGCGCAGUAUGUUUUUUUUUAAAGAACCAGAACCUACAUGUGUCAACCCUUACCACAGACAUCGGCAGAUUGCCAAGUGGGUGCGAGAGGAGCUGUGUUCUGAAGGAACAAAACAUUUCUUUGAUGUUUGGCAUGUUGGAAAAUCUCUAGGGAAGGCUUUGGAUGCUGCCGCUAAAGAAAGGCACUGUGAGGACCUGAAGCUGUGGAAGCCAGCCAUUGUCAAUCACCUGUACUGGACUGCUGCUUCAACUCCUGAUGGAGAUCCAGAUGUGAUGCAGGUCAAAUGGCAAAGCCUGGUGAACCAUGUUCAGGACAUUCAUGAACAUGACACCUCUGCAUUUCCCUGCUGUGCACACCCACCUCUGGAGGGGGAACAGCAAAACAAGCAGUGGCUAGAACCAGACUCAACAGUAGCAAUGAAAUUGGAGAGUGUAACUACUAGGGCAGCACUAGUGAAGGAUAUACGGCAGCUAUCCCCACAGUACCAGACAUACUCGUUGGAGGCAUUUCACUCCCUCAUCCUCCACUUUGCACCCAAACACACUGGGUUUUCAUAUCUUGGAAUGUUAACUGAACAGCAGCUCUAUGAGCUGAAUGAGCGUACAGACAGCAGCGUUGUGUGA